AUGCUUCGAAAUGCGACCAAUGCGGCCAAGGGUGCCGCGAAGAAGGCCGUGACGGAGCUUUCUCAAUACCCAAAGCCUGGCGAGAAGCUCCAUGGCUUCACCUUGGUGCGGACGAAACAUGUCCCUGAACUUGAGUUGACGGCUCUGCAUCUUCAGCAUGACAAGACUGGUGCAGACUAUCUCCACAUUGCCCGCGACGACAGCAACAAUGUCUUCUCCAUUGGCUUCAAGACGAACCCCCCAGACGACACGGGAGUGCCGCAUAUCCUCGAGCACACGACGCUAUGUGGCAGCGAAAAGUAUCCUAUCCGCGACCCUUUUUUCAAGAUGCUUCCUCGCACCUUGUCCAACUUCAUGAAUGCGUUUACCGCAUCGGACCACACGUUCUACCCCUUCGCGACCACUAACGCUCAGGACUUUCAGAACCUUAUGUCUGUAUACAUGGAUGCCACAUUACAUCCUUUGCUGAAGAAGACCGACUUCACGCAAGAGGGGUGGAGGAUAGGACCUGAGAAUCCACGAGCUGCUGCAGCAGAAGGCGAGGCGAAACCGGAAGACAGCAAGCUUGUGUUCAAAGGCGUCGUGUACAACGAGAUGAAAGGCCAGAUGUCGGAUGCUGGCUAUUUGUUCUACAUCCGAUUCCAAGACAGCAUGUUCCCUUCCAUCAAUAACUCGGGUGGUGACCCUCAAAAGAUCACCGAUUUGACGUACGAGCAACUGAAGAACUUCCACGCCGAGCACUACCAUCCAAGCAACGCCAAGGUCUUGACGUAUGGGGAUAUGCCGUUGGCUGACCAUUUGAAGGAAGUAGAUGCGCGUCUGUCCGUGUUUGAGAAGAUCAAAGCCGACCUGGAACACAAGCGACCGAUUGACCUUAGUGGAGGACCGAGGGUGGUAACUGUCUUCGGUCCGGUCGAUCCAUUAGCAGAUCCAGACAAGCAAUACAAGACAUCCGUCUCGUGGACAACCGGAGAAACCAGCGAUGUCAUCGAGUCUUUCUCCUUGUCGAUUCUCGAGAAGUUGCUGAUGGAUGGAUACGGCUCCCCUAUUUACAAGGGCUUGAUUGAGGCCGGGCUGGGUACAGACUUUAGUCCCAACGCUGGCUACGAUAGCCAUGGAGCGGUUGGCAUCUUUUCUGUCGGUCUCACUGGAGUUCAAGCAACGAAUGUGGAGAAGGUCAAGGGCGAAGUCCAAAAGAUUCUACAAGAUAUCCGACAGAAAGGCUUCGACAGAUCCAAGAUCGACGGAUACUUGCAUCAGCUGGAACUGGGUCUAAAGCACAAGACUGCCAAUUUUGGGAUGGGCAUCGUGCAGCGCUUGAAGUCUUCAUGGUUCAAGGGAACAGACCCGUUCGAUUCGUUGGCUUGGAAUGACGUCGUCCGGGGUUUCGAGACUCGCAUGGCCGAGGGUGGUUAUCUUGAAGGUCUGAUGGACAAGUACUUGAUGAAUGAGAACACCCUCACUUUCACAAUGGCACCCUCAGCUACUUACGGCGAGGAACUCGCCAAAGAAGAGGACGAAAGAUUGGCUGCCAAGAUUAUGGAAGCAACUCGAGAAGCCGGUGGUGAAUCUGAAGCACGCAGUUUCUUUGCGCAGCGUGAGCUGGCACUGCUGGAGGAACAGGGAAAGUCAAAUACGCAGGACUUGAGCUGUCUCCCGACGGUAUAUGUCAAGGACAUCCCCAGAGAGAAGGAGCGCAUUGAGGUUCGAAAUGACAAGACGCAAGGGGUGGAAACUCAGUGGCGAGAGGCGCCUACCAAUGGCCUGACUUACUUCCGCGCUAUAAACAAGCUGGAGAACCUACCAGAUGAGCUCCGUGCUCUGAUUCCCUUGUUCACGGACGCAAUAAUGCGGCUCGGCACCAAGGAUAUGACGAUGGAGCAACUGGAAGACAUGAUCAAGUUAAAGACGGGCGGUAUUUCGAUUGGUUACCACAGCACCGUGUCGCCCAAGGAUUUCCAUCAAGCAUCUGAAGGCAUAGCACUGCGUGGUAUGGCAUUGGAUCGAAACGUUCCGGUCAUGCUCGAAUUAAUCCAGAAACUUAUUCUAGAAACGAACUUCGACAGCCCGGAGGCGGCCAAACACAUCAGGCAGUUGCUCGAGGCUGCAUCUGAUGGCGUGGUCAAUGAUAUUGCUUCAUCAGGCCAUGCUUAUGCGCGCAGGGCGGCAGAAGCUGGCUUGACGCGAGACGCCUGGCUGACGGAGCAGGUUGCCGGUCUGACACAGGUGAAGCUCAUAACCUCCUUAGCUGGGCGACCGGAUACCGACCGAUAUGAUGACAUCAUUGCAAAGCUCAAGCAAAUCCAGCAGUUUGCUUUGGCCGGGUCCAAUAUGCGCUUUGCCUUGACUUGUGGCUCUGACAGCGUCGGCACAAACACGUCAGCUCUGGCCAACUUCAAUUCGUCGCGACCCUCGGAAGCGGUAUCAUUCCCAGCCUCUAGGACUCAAACUUCUACCCGUGAUAUCAAGGCCUUCUAUCCGCUCCCGUAUCAAGUAUAUUAUGGCGGCUUGGCUCUCCCCACCGUUUCGUACACCCACGCGGACGUCGCACCACUCCAAAUCCUAUCGCAACUGCUGACGCACAAGCAUCUACAUCAUGAGAUUCGCGAAAAGGGUGGUGCCUACGGUGGCGGUGCAUACAUGAAGGGUUUGGAGGGACUCUUCGGGUUCUACUCGUAUCGUGACCCCAACCCGCAAAACACCCUCUCAAUCAUACGCAACGCCGGUCGCUGGGCUGUUGAUAAACAGUGGGAAGAUCAAGAUCUCGAAGAAGCCAAGAUCUCAGUGUUCCAGGGCAUCGACGCUCCGAAGUCAGUCAACACCGAGGGCAUGGACCAGUUCGUCGCGGGCAUCACCGAGAACAUGAAGCAAAAGCGACGAGUGGAACUACUUGAUGUGACGAAAGACCAAGUCAGGGAGGCAGCACAGAAGUACAUUGUUGAAGUGCUGGAGAAGCAAGCUGAGAGAGUCGUCUUUCUCGGCAAGAAGCAGGAAUGGGUCGACGGGACUUGGACUGUUCGGGAGAUGAAUGUCAAGGGCGAAGAGUAA